AUGAGAGUGGCAGAGAAGCGGUACGAGAAUAAUGUUGCAUACAAGGCUAAGUCGGAGCCAAAGCUGUUCAAUAGUCAUAGCAGGAGGAAGAUGACUGUGAAUGAGCACGUUAUCACACUUCGCAAAAGUGAAGGAGGACACACGGAUUACUAUGAACUAUUUACAUGGGAACCAAUUUGCCCUCUUCAAGUGGUGCCCUCUUCAAGUGGCGCCCUCUUCAAGUGGCGCCCCCUUCAAGUGACGCCCCCUUCAAGUGGCGCCCUCUUCAAGUGGCGCCCCCUUCAAGUGGCGCCCCCUUCAAGUGGCGCCCUCUUCAAGUGGCGCCCUCUUCAAGUGACGCCCUCUUCAAGUGGCGCCCUCUUCAAGAGGCGCCCCCUUCAAGUGGCGCCCUCUUCAAGUGACGCCCUCUUCAAUGGUGCCCUCUUCAAGUGGCGCCCCCUUCAAGUGGCGCCCCCUUCAAGUGGCGCCCUCUUCAAGUGGUGCCCUCUUCAAGUGGUGCCCUCUUCAAGUGGUGCCCCCUUCAAGUGGCGCCCCCUUCAAGUGGUGCUCUCUUCAAGUGGCGCCCUCUUCAAGUGGCGCCCCCUUCAAGUGGUGCUCUCUUCAAGUGGCGCCCUCUUCAAGUGGCGCCCCCUUCAAGUGGUGCCCUCUUCAAGUGGUGCCCUCUUCAAGUGGUGCCCUCUUCAAGUGGCGCCCCCAUCAAGUGGCGCCCCCUUCAAGUGGUGCUCUCUUCAAGUGGCGCCCCCAUCAAGUGGCGCCCCCUUCAAGUGGUGCUCUCUUCAAGUGGCGCCCCCAUCAAGUAGCGCCCCCUUCAAGUGGUGCUCUCUUCAAGUGGCGCCCUCUUCAAGUGGCGCCCCCAUCAAGUGGCGCCCUCUUCAAGUGGCGCCCCCAUCAAGUGGCGCCCCCUUCAAGUGGUGCCCUCUUCAAGUGGCGCCCCCAUCAAGUGGCGCCCCCUUCAAGUGGUGCUCUCUUCAAGUGGCGCCCUCUUCAAGUGGCGCCCCCAUCAAGUGGCGCCCUCUUCAAGUGGCGCCCCCAUCAGGUGGCGCCCCCUUCAAGUGGUGCUCUCUUCAAGUGGCGCCCCCAUCAAGUGGCGCCCCCUUCAAGUGGUGCUCUCUUCAAGUGGCGCCCCAUCAAGUGGCGCUCUCUUCAAGUGGCGCCCUCUUCAAGUGCGCCCCCUUCAAGUGGUGCCCUCUUCAAGUGGCGCCCCCAUCAAGUGGCGCCCCCUUCAAGUGGUGCCCUCUUCAAGUGGCGCCCCCAUCAAGUGACGCCCCCAUCAAGUGGCGCCCCCAUCAAGUGGCGCCCCCUUCAAGUGGUGCCCUCUUCAAGUGGCGCCCUCUUCAAGUGACGCCCCCAUCAAGUGACGCCCCCUUCAAGUGGUGCCCCCAUCAAGUGGCGCCCCCAUCAAGUGGCGCCCCCUUCAAGUGGUGCUCUCUUCAAGUGGCGCCCCCAUCAAGUGGUGCUCUCUUCAAGUGGCGCCCCCAUCAAGUGGCGCCCCCUUCAAGUGGUGCUCUCUUCAAGUGGCGCCCCCUUCAAGUGGUGCUCUCUUCAAGUGGCGCCCCCAUCAAGUGGCGCCCCCUUCAAGUGGUGCCCUCUUCAAGUGGUGCCCUCUUCAAGUGGUGCCCUCUUCAAGUGGCGCCCCCAUCAAGUGGCGCCCCCUUCAAGUGGUGCCCUCUUCAAGUGGUGCCCUCUUCAAGUGGCGCCCCCAUCAAGUGGCGCCCCCUUCAAGUGGUGCCCUCUUCAAGUGGUGCCCUCUUCAAGUGGUGCCCUCUUCAAGUGGCGCCCCCAUCAAGUGGCGCCCCCUUCAAGUGGUGCUCUCUUCAAGUGGCGCCCCCUUCAAGUGGCGCCCCCUUCAAGUGGUGCUCUCUUCAAGUGGCGCCCUCUUCAAGUGGCGCCCCCUUCAAGUGGUGCCCUCUUCAAGUGGCGCCCUCUUCAAGUGGUGCCCUCUUCAAGUGGUGCCCCCUUCAAGUGGCGCCCCCUUCAAGUGGUGCUCUCUUCAAGUGGCGCCCCCAUCAAGUGGCGCCCCCUUCAAGUGGUGCUCUCUUCAAGUGGCGCCCCCAUCAAGUAGCGCCCCCUUCAAGUGGUGCUCUCUUCAAGUGGCGCCCUCUUCAAGUGGCGCCCCCAUCAAGUGGCGCCCUCUUCAAGUGGCGCCCCCAUCAAGUGGCGCCCCCUUCAAGUGGUGCCCUCUUCAAGUGGCGCCCCCAUCAAGUGGCGCCCCCUUCAAGUGGUGCUCUCUUCAAGUGGCGCCCUCUUCAAGUGGCGCCCCCAUCAAGUGGCGCCCUCUUCAAGUGGCGCCCCCAUCAGGUGGCGCCCCCUUCAAGUGGUGCUCUCUUCAAGUGGCGCCCCCAUCAAGUGGCGCCCCCUUCAAGUGGUGCUCUCUUCAAGUGGCGCCCCCAUCAAGUGGCGCCCCCUUCAAGUGGUGCUCUCUUCAAGUGGCGCCCCAUCAAGUGGCGCUCUCUUCAAGUGGCGCCCUCUUCAAGUGCGCCCCCUUCAAGUGGUGCCCUCUUCAAGUGGCGCCCCCAUCAAGUGGCGCCCCCUUCAAGUGGUGCCCUCUUCAAGUGGCGCCCCCAUCAAGUGACGCCCCCAUCAAGUGGCGCCCCCAUCAAGUGGCGCCCCCUUCAAGUGGUGCCCUCUUCAAGUGGCGCCCUCUUCAAUGGCGCCCCCAUCAAGUGGCGCCCCCUUCAAGUGGUGCUCUCUUCAAGUGGCGCCCCCAUCAAGUGGCGCCCCCUUCAAGUGGUGCUCUCUUCAAGUGGCGCCCCCAUCAAGUGGCGCCCUCUUCAAGUGGCGCCCCCAUCAAGUGGCGCCCUCUUCAAGUGGCGCCCCCAUCAAGUGGCGCCCCCUUCAAGUGGCGCCCUCUUCAAGUGGCGCCCCCUUCAAGUGGCGCCCCCUUCAAGUGGCGCCCUCUUCAAGUGGCGCCCCCUUCAAGUGGCGCCCCCUUCAAGUGACGCCCUCUUCAAGUGGCGCCCCCUUCAAGUGGCGCCCCCUUCAAGUGGCGCCCUCUUCAAGUGGCGCCCUCUUCAAGUGGCGCCCCCUUCAAGUGGCGCCCCCUUCAAGUGGCGCCCUCUUCAAGUGGCGCCCUCUUCAAGUGGCGCCCCCUUCAAGUGGCGCCCCCUUCAAGUGGUGCCCUCUUCAAGUGGCGCCCCCUUCAAGUGGCGCCCCCUUCAAGUGACGCCCUCUUCAAGUGGCGCCCCCUUCAAGUGGCGCCCUCUUCAAGUGGCGCCCCCUCAAGUGGCGCCCCCUUCAAGUGGCGCCCCCUUCAAGUGGCGCCCUCUUCAAGUGGCGCCCCCUUCAAGUGGCGCCCUCUUCAAGUGGCGCCCCCUUCAAGUGGUGCUCUCUUCAUGCGGCGCCCUCUUCAAGUGGCGCCCUCUUCAAGUGGCGCCCCCUUCAAGUGGCGCCCCCUUCAAGUGGUGCCCUCUUCAAGUGGCGCCCCCUUCAAGUGGCGCCCCCUUCAAGUGGUGCUCUCUUCAAGUGGCGCCCCCUUCAAGUGACGCCCUCUUCAAUGGCGCCCUCUUCAAGUGGCGCCCUCUUCAAGUGGCGCCCCCUUCAAGUGGCGCCCCCUUCAAGUGGCGCCCCCUUCAAGUGGCACCCCCGCCAAGUGGUGCCCCCUUCAAGUGGCACCCCCGCCAAGUGGUGCCCUCUUCAAGAGGCGCCCCCUUGAAGUGGCGCCCCCUUCAAGUGGCGCCCCCUUCAAGUGGCACCCCCGCCAAGUGGUGCCCCAUUCAAGUGGCGCCCCCUUCAACUGGCGCUCUCUUCAAGUGGCGCCCCCUUCAAGUAGCGCUCUCUUCAAGUGGCGUCCCCUUCAGGUGGCGCCCUCUUCAAGUGACGCCCCCGCCAAGUAGUGCCCCCUUCAAGUGGCGUCCUCUUCAAGUGACGCCCCCGCCAAGUGGUGCCCCCUUCAAGUGGCGCCCCCUUCAGAUGGCGCCCUCUUCAAGUAGCGCCCCCGCCAAGUAG